GUGAGGGUGAUCAACAUUUAGAAUCUAGGUCACUGUUUUAAUUUUAGACCAGGAGCACCUGUCACUGUCAGUACCAACAAGGUUGUAAUAAAGUCUCAAAAGAGUUUGAAAAUAAAUGUUGGUAGAAGAAAUGAUACAAAUGAGGAGUUUCAGAGAAGCAGUUAUUUAGGCAAAUAUAAAUGUGCAUACAGUCAACAAUGAAUAAUCUACAGGAAAAUAGUCCACUUUCUCCUGCCACUCUUUCUGUGAAAGAGUUGGUGAAGGUUUUGUAUGGAGGAAAAAGGUUUGGUAAUCACGCGGAUGAAGUUUGGCCUAACCUGUUCAUUGGUGACAUGUCAGUGGCCAAUGAUCGCUACAGUCUAUGGAAGCUGGGAAUCACUCAUGUUCUGAAUGCAGCUCAUGGGAAGAUGCACUGUCAGGGGAGUCAUGACUUUUAUGGAUCCACCGUGGAUUACUAUGGAGUGCCUGCAGAUGACUCACCGUCCUUUGACCUCUCUCGCUAUUUCUCUCCCUCUGCUGACUAUAUUCAGAAUGCACUUAACACCACUGGCGCUCGGGUUUUUGUCCACUGUGCAGUCGGAGUCAGCAGGUCUGCCUCUCUCGUCCUGGCCUACCUAAUGAUCCACCAACAUUACACCCUACUAGAGGCCAUCAAUAAGGUCAAAGAGCGCAGGUGGAUUUUCCCAAACAGAGGGUUCCUCAAACAGCUUUGUGCUUUGGAUGUGAAACUACGCAAGACAUCACAAGUGCACUUCACUGAAUGAAAUACCAAAAUUAAUUGAUAUUCUAACUUACAGAGCCUCAAAUGCCUUUUUUCCUCAAGACAAAUGAAUGAUUCAGUAUCUGCCAGUGGAGGGAGAUACUGUACUUUGAUUUUAGUUUGUUUCAAGAAUGAUAUCUAAUCAAAUGUAUUUUCCUCAACUCUGCUGCUGCGUUUGAUGUGAAUCAUGCUGCCUUUUCACACGAUACUGAUCCUUAUAUUAAUAGAUAAGUGUAAUCAGCACUUGGCAGAAUACAUUUCUUAACUGAAUAUGAGGCAAGAUGACCUUUGUGUUGUGUUGAAGAAAAAUUAUAUCCAUUAUGUUGUGGGUCAAAUUAACCUAAGAGAUAUAUUUAUUUUAAAACUUUUCAA